UGAACUUUUUCACUUAUGAGAAAUGGCGGCAAUUUAACGCCGCGUGCGUCUUUGAUUAGCCGCCUCGGCUAACUGACGUUGCUCGCGCGGGGACUCUGAUGAGAGCAAAAAUCCGGAGUAGUGGAGACAACAUGGUAAACGUGUUCGAUACGGACGAGGAGCACUUUGCUAUUUCCAGUUCCUCGGCUGCAGACACGGCCUUCGAUGGAGUUAUUGGCUGCAUAGAGGACAUCAUCAUGGAGGACGACUUCCAGCAGAUUCAGCAGAUUUUCAUGGAGAAACAUUACCGUGAGUUUGAUGACUCUGAUGAGAACAAGCUCAGCUACACGCCCAUCUUUAAUGAAUAUGUUGACCUGCUGGAAAAAUACCUGGAGCAGCAGCUGAUGGAGAGAAUUCCCGGCUUCAGCAUGGACACCUUUAAAGAGUUACUCAUGCAGCACAAGGAGGAAGUGUCAGGUGACAUCUUUGACAUGUUGCUGACGUUCACUGACUUCAUGGCUUUCAAGGAGAUGUUUCUGCAAUAUAGAGCUGAAAAGGAGGGCCGGUGUCCAGACCUGAGUCAGGGACUGGUGGUCACAUCUCUGAACCUUGGAGGCUCCAAGCAUGCUGACUUUAAUGAAUCUCAGUGAAUCUCUGGAAAAUUGUUCCAGGGCCUUAAUGAAAGUGUUCGAUUCAGA